UGUUAGAGCCAUGGUAAGAGCACUGAAUGUUCCUGCUCUGGGGCUUCUAGCCUGGCUUUGCUGGUUCUCCCCAGAGUCUGUGCAGGCUGGAAAGGUGCUUGUCAUACCAGUAGAUGGCAGCCACUGGCUUAGCAUGAGGAUUCUGGUGGAAGAACUGUCUCUGAGGGGUCAUGAGGUGGUGGUCCUGGUACCAGAGACCAGUUUUCUUAUUGGAGGUUCUGGUAAUUACAUCACUAAGAUUUUCCGUGUGCCCUACAGCAGUGAAGAGUUAACGAGUCAGUUGGACCAUAUAAGGAAGAAUGCAUUCGACAAGCCACCGGGAUUUACCGAUAUCUUUACGAAUUUUGGGAACCUGAUCCAAUUCACAUCUAUGCAGGUGAAAGCUUGUGAGGGGCUGCUGUACGAUGAGCCCCUGAUGAAGAGUCUUAGAGAGACAGGAUUUAAUGUUCUGCUCACAGAUCCUUUCUUGCCCUGCGGUACCAUCCUUGCUGAUACCUUUUCACUUCCCGCUGUUUAUUUCUUGCGUGGGAUGCCUUGUCGGCUUGAUGAUUCUGCAGCCCAGUGCCCCACACCUCCAUCUUUUGUCCCACGCUUCUUAACUGGUUUCUCAGAUAAGAUGAAUUUCCUUCAGAGAGUGAAAAACACUCUUAUGAGUGUUUUUGAAGCUUAUCUCUGCCGCAUACUUUUUGCCAGCUCUGAUGAACUGGCCAGUAGAUAUCUUCAGAAGGGCACUACUUACAAAGAGCUUCUAGGUCAUGGUGCAGUCUGGCUUCUGCGCUAUGACUUUACUUUUGAGUACCCCAGACCCCUAAUGCCUAACAUGGUCCUAAUAGGCGGCAUCAACUGUGCUAAGAAGAGUCCUUUGGUGAAGGAGCUGGAGGAGUUUGUGAAUGGAUCUGGAGAGCAUGGGUUUGUGGUUUUCACUCUAGGCUCCAUGAUGUCACAGUUACCAGAAGCCAAAGCCAGAGAGUUCUUUGAGGCAUUUAGACAGAUACCUCAGAGAGUUCUUUGGAGGCACACUGGACCUGUCCCUGAAAAUGCCCCAAAAAAUGUUAAAUUGAUGAAGUGGCUACCACAAAAUGAUCUCUUAGGCCAUCCUAAGGUUAAGGCUUUUAUUACGCAUGGUGGAUCGCAUGGGAUAUAUGAAGGAAUCUGCAAUGGGGUGCCAAUGGUGAUGGUUCCGCUGUUUGGAGAACAAGCAGAUAAUGUUCAGCGCUUAGUGUUUCGUGGAGUGGCAGAAUCCCUGAGUAUCUAUGAUAUUACCUCAGAAAAACUGCUGGUGGCACUGAGAAAGGUCAUCAAUGACAAAAGCUACAAGGAGAAGAUGACAAAGCUUUCAGCUAUCCACAGAGACCAUCCAAUUGAACCUCUGGACCAGGCUGUGUUCUGGACGGAGUUUGUUAUGAGGCACAAAGGGGCAGAGCAUCUUAGACCUGCAGCCCAUGAGCUGAACUGGAUUCAAUACCAUUGUCUGGACGUUGUCGGCUUUCUCAUUCUCAUUCUAGUGACUGUUAUUUUUGUGACUUUCAAAAGUUGCAUGUUCUGUUUCAGGAAGUGCUUUAGGAAAACUAAGAAAAAUAAGAAGGAGUAGAAAUGCUUUACUUUUUGUCCUUUUAUGUGAUGUGAUCAUGUGGGGAAUAAUUUAAUCCAUGUUUAUAUAAUUUUAUGACUCCUUGACUUCACAAAACCUUCCUAUUAGUCAAAGGACUGCAGUGCAUGUGUCAGUUAAACAUUUUCACUUUUAUGCCAAAGUUUGAUGGGCAUGGCUGUUAUUUUUAAUAUCAAAUUAGAUAUUACAUUAAAUUAAGG